AUGAAAGCAAUGGGAGAAAUGGAGGAAGGUGAUGCUGUGUUUGGCUCUAACGCUGAAGUAGUGAACUUUGAUUCCGAGUGGCGUGACAAGUACCGGCCAAGAAAACCAAAGUAUGUAAACAGAGUUCACACGAGUUACGAGUGGAAUAAGUAUAACCAAACGCACUAUGAUCACGAGAACCCGCCUCCAAAAGUGGUUCAAGGGUACAAGUUUAACAUCUUCUACCCUGAUUUGCUCGACAAGGCUACGGCUCCCACUUGCUUCAUAGAGAAAGAUGGGACAAGAGGCGAUGAAACAUGUAUCAUCCGGUUCCACGCUGGUCCGUCUUAUGAAGACAUUGCCUUCCGCAUUGUGAAUAAAGAGUGGGAUCGUUCUCGUAAGAACGGUUUCAAACACACGUUCGAUGGUGGGAUUCUGCAUUUGUACUUCAACUUUAAACGUCAUCGGUACAGGCGAUAA